AUGAUGCCACCCCAGCCCAAGCCCCCCCAGCCGUGGGAAGACGCUCCGGGGCUCCGUGCCACGCCCCCACCGCCUCCCGCGUUCGCAGACUCGCGGCAGUUCUCUCCCGCAGCUGUGGCCCCGGUCCCCAUGCCCUCCGGCAGCACGGUGGUCACAGCCACUAUGAUGCCUCACCAUGUGGACCUCGUGACACGCCCGGCGCAUGCGCAAUUAGCGUUACCCCCGGACCAGCCGCCCCACGCCACCCCCACUGCGCCUUUGAUGCAGCCUCCCGCUUCCCACACGCCCCAUGCCGCAGUCGACACCCAGCCAACGUCCCCGCGCCCCCCCAUGGCAGCGUCACAGCCCACAGUCCUAGAUGCGGAGCCCCAGCCACCGCCGCCACCAGCACUUCCGGCUUCUGGAAACACCAGCCUUACAGCUACCAGCAGCUCCUGCACGACUGCAGCCUCCAGCUGCCCUCCACCCUCCAACGAGUCUUCCCGCAGCACCACAACAUGAUUCUACAGCAUCCUAUGCAUAUCCCUCCACGUCCUUUUCUCCGCCAGAUCUACAUUCUACAGCUGCAGCCACAGUUCCAAGAUAUCCUUCCAUACCUCCAGGUUCUUCCCAUGUGCCUCUGCUGACAGGUUCCACUCCUCCCGCUCUUCUGCCUCUGCCACCGCAUCCUGCACCCGGUCCAAGCAGUACCUCACCACAGCUUGGCACAUGAACCAUGCAGUGAGAGGGAGCAGGAUGGAAUGUGGCAGCCGCCUUGACAAAUAAAGGACAGAACGAGAACUGUUUUGCCCUUGCAAACACUAACCCUCUUAUCCCGAUU